AUGGAUAAUAAUAAGAAGUUUACACCUGAUGAUGUAAGAGCAUUCACUAAACCUACUGAAUAGUUUUUGUGCCCUCUUAGUGCUAACCAUUACAACAUACAAUUUUUGGAUUUUAGGAUAAGAGAUGUUGAAACAAAUAAAGUAUUCUUUUAAAUUAGCAGAGAAUAAGCAGAUGAAGAAGAAUUAAAAGCUUUAGAGUAGCAAGAAUUGUCACCAGAGGAAGAAAUUGAAAUGCGUACUGUCAGAUAUCAUUUUGGAAAUAACUUCUUUGAUAUUAAAACAAUAGGAACAAGCUUAACUUUUUCAGUAGGAUAAAAACCUGUCAAGAAUUUUUUAAUGAUUGAACGUCACUAUUUUAGAGAAAAACUCAUUCAAUCUUAUGAAUUCAAAUUCCCUUUCUGUAUUCCUAACACAACUAAUAAUUGGGAAUCUAUUUAUGAUGUCCCUUCUCUCUCAGAAAAAGAAAAAGAAGAAAUGAUUUUAAAUCCAUGGGAAACAAAAUCAGAUUCUUUUUAUUUUGUAGGUGAUGAACUAGUUAUGCACAAUAAAGCAGAAUACAAUUAUGCACCUCUUGACUCAGAUGAAGAAUAAAACUAUGACGAUAAUGAUGAUGAUAAUGAGUGA